AUGUCUCGAAAGAAGUCCGUCCGACGUGCGGCUCCGACGAAAGACACAAAGACGAGCCCCAGCACCAAAGAUUCGCAGCAGGAGGACAUCUCCGUGGCUAACCAACAUGCAGAAGCGCUCGAGUCGCAGGCCGAAUCGAAGCCCGCAACGAGGUCCGAAAAGAAGGCAGGAACGCAGCUCGAGAGCAUAGUGCGCCCCGUCGCUGAAAGACAAGAAUCGAGCCAUGAGUACUCGGGCACAGGGUUGGACGAGACGCCAAAGAGCCCGACGCGCGGCCACUACAGAACACCCUCCCUCAACGCGGCGAAGCGCAGGGGGUCCAGGCAGGAGGAUGGAGGCGCGAUCAACUACGCCCGCGCCUCUGGGUCAGUUCGCAGCGACAACAGCGACGAGACGGUCCACACGCUGGUCAACGGCGCGGAUCGCCACCAGGACGCCAAGGAGGGCGACGAAGACACGGGCUAUCCGCCUCUGAUACUGGCGGCACAGGACCGAGGCCGGUACGAGAGGCACGCCUGGAAGGCCGGCGGCAUCCGGUUCGUGCCGCUGCGCGUGCCUGUCGUGCGGCGGCUGCAGAUGGCCGCCGUGCUGAUGCACACCGUGUCGAUUCUGGCCCUCGUCUCCUUCUUCUUCUUCCUCGCCGCGAUCCCCCUCAACUGGCCUCUGCUCGUGCCCUACCUCAUCCACCUCUCGCUGUCGACGGCGCCGUCUGACGGCCGGCUGCGCUUCCGGUCCGAGUUUCUGCGAUCCCUGCCCGUGUGGAGGCUCUUCGCGGGUUACUACCCGGCCGAGCUGCACAAGACGUACGAGCUGCCGCCGACGAGAAAGUACAUUUUCGGGUACCACCCGCACGGCAUCAUCUCGCACGGCGCGUGGGCCGCCUUCGCGACCAACGCGCUCGGGUUCCGGGACAAGUUCCCGGGCAUCACCAACACGCUGCUGACGCUCGACUCGAACUUCCGCAUCCCCUUUUACCGCGACUGGAUCCUGGCCAUGGGCAUCCGCUCCGUGUCGAAGGAGUCCAUCUGGAACACGCUGACGCGCGGCGGGCCCAACAACGAGGGCAUGGGCCGCGGCGUCACCAUCGUCAUCGGCGGCGCGCGCGAGUCGCUCGAGGCCCAGCCGGGCAACCUCCGCCUCAUCAUCAAGGGCCGCAAGGGCUUCAUCAAGAUGGCGCUGCGGACGGGUGCCGACCUCGUGCCCGUGCUGGCCUUUGGCGAGAACGACCUCUACGACCAGCUCAGCCCGCGGACCCACCCCAUGGUGCACAGGAUCCAGAUGUUUCUGCUCAACGUGUUCAAGUUUACGCUGCCGGCGCUGCACGGACGCGGCAUCCUCAACUACGACGUGGGCGUCAUGCCGUACCGCCGGCCGCUCAACAUCGUCGUCGGCAAGCCGAUCCGGGUCGCGGCCGCCACGACGCCGCAGCCGGACCAGGCGGAUAUCGACCGCCUGCAUGCGCUGUACGUGGCCGAGCUGCAGAAGCUGUGGGAGACGUACAAGGACCAGUUUGCGAAAGACCGCACGUCGGAGAUGACCUUCAUAGGCUAG